AUGGGAAUUUUCAAUGGUUUGCCUGUUCCCUCGGAUAAAACUUACCUUAGGGAGGAGCUAGCACGAAUAGAUGAGAGCUGGGCUGCUGCACGCUUUGACUCUUUGCCACAUGUGGUCCAUAUCCUUACGUCAAAGGACCGUGAAGCUGAUAUUCACAUAUUAAAGGAACAAAGUGAUGUUGUCGAGGAGGUUGUGGAUGAAGUAGUGCAUGCUUAUCAUGGUGGUUUCAACAAGGCCAUUCAAAACUACUCCCAGAUUUUGCGGCUAUUCAGUGAGUCCACUGAAAAAAUAGGUGACUUGAAGCACGAUUUGGCAGAAGCAAAGAAGAGCUUGGGUGCACGCAAUAAACAAUUACAUCAGUUGUGGUACCGUUCUGUAACAUUGCGGCACAUCAUCUCACUUUUGGAUCAAAUUGAGGGCAUUGCUAAGGUUCCAUCUCGUAUUGAGAAGCUUAUUGCAGAUAAGCAGUUUUACGCUGCUAUUCAAGUGUAUCUCCAGUCGUCUCUAAUGCUUGAGCGUGAGGGGCUUCAAACGGUUGGUGCUCUUCAAGAUGUAAGAUCUGAGCUAUCUAAGCUGCGGGGAGCCCUUUUCUUCAAAAUUUUAGACGAUUUGCAUGCACACCUGUACAAUAGAGGUGAAUACAGUUCAGUUGCGUCAAGCAUAUAUGAAAGAGACGAUGAAGUACCAACAACAACAGCUGUUGCAGCUAGUCGAAUGAGUUCACAACCACUGUCUCGUAGAACAAGGACACUGAAAGGUGAUAGUCAGUUUGGUGUUAGAGGGCUCACAAAUGGUUCACAUAGAACAGCUUCUAUGGAUGAAGGUUCAUCAUUUGAUGGACAUGAUGAGGAGGACUCUGUAGAACAUGAUGAAGCCACCGCAGAUGGGCAUACUGUCAGGAAUGGCAUUGAUAGUAAAUUGCUUUCUUACCAACUUCCGCCCUGGCUUUCUGAUUCCACUCCUGACGAGUUUAUUGAAGCAAUAAGGAAGAGUGAUGAUCCAUUGCAUGUGAAGUAUCUACAGACCCUUGUUCAGUGUCUCUGCAUGCUUGGAAAAGUUGCAGCUGCUGGUGCUAUAAUAUGCCAAAAACUUCGACCCACAAUUCAUGAGAUCAUAAUAUCCAAGGUUAAAGCCCAUAUGGAGACUACAAAUUUGUCAAAGUCCGCCUGUGGUCAGGGUGAUCGACCGGUAGCCCCGGGAUUGCAUUUUAUCAAAGGACAGUCGGAAGCCUAUAGGUUAUCAAAAGAGAAACCUCAAAAUGGGAUAUCAAAUUCAGGAACACACCUGGCUGUGAGCCCUGUGUCGCCUCUUAUGGGUCCAGGAGGCAUAGCGCAAACUGCAGCAAAAGACCUUCUUGACUCAAUUUUGGAUACUAUUGUCAAGAUAUUUGAAAAUCAUGUUGUAAUUGGAGAGCUUUUGGAGUUGAAGGCUUCGCAACAUGACAUUAACACACCAAAGUCAUUGCCUACUGAUGUGAAUUGGAACACCGAUUCUGAAGCAUCCCAAGCCACUGGAGGCUACACUAUCAGUUUUCCCUUGACAGUCUUACAGAGUGAAUGCCAACAACUCAUAUGUGAGAUUCUACGAGCAACUCCAGAAGCUGCUUCAGCAGAUGCUGCUGCACAAACCGCUAAACUUGCAAAGAAGGCUCCGAAGAAAGACAAAAGGCAAGUGACUCCCAAGCAUUGGGAUGCACCUGAAGAUGGGCUAACAUUCACCUUUCGGUUUACAGAUGCAACUGUAUCGAUUUCUAAUCAGGGAGCUGAUCUUAUUCGUCAAGGCUGGGGAAAGAGGGCCCCAAAUGCAUCACAAGAAGGUUAUGGAUCUGCAGCCGUUUUGCCUGAACAAGGAAUAUAUCUAGCUGCAUCUAUUUACCGGCCUGUCCUUCAGUUUACAGAUAAAAUCAGUUCAAUGUUGCCCAAAAAGCAUUCCCAGCUUGUGAAUGAUGGAUUGCUCACAUUCACUGAGAACUUUGUGAAGGACCACCUGUUACCGACAAUGUUUGUGGACUAUAGGAAGGGCGUUCUUGGUUGGGCUCAAGCCAUGCCUAAAUUUGCUACCGACCUUGUGAAGUAUGUUCAGACAUUUCUUGAGAGAACAUUUGAGAGAUGUCGAACAUCAUACAUGGAGGCUGUUCUAGAGAAGCUCAGUUACAGGCUCAUUGGGAGGCAUGAUAUUGAGAAAUUGAUGCGACUUGAUGCGGCGAGUGCUUGUUUGCCAUCUCCGCUUGGCCAUGCUGUUUCCCACUCUGAGGAUGUUGGCACUGAAGUAGAACUCAGUGAACUAUUCUUGAGAUUGCGGCCUAUCAAGCAGGAUAAUCUAAUUCGUGAUGACAACAAACUGAUUUUGUUAGCCUCUCUUAGUGACUCCCUUGAAUACGUGGCAGACUCUAUUGAGAGGCUUGGACAAGCAGUUCCUCGUGCGGCAAGUCAAGCUGAAGGUAAUAGCAGGAAUCAAGCUACUUCUCCUAGGAAUCUGGCAUCGUUUGCUGAAGAGUACAGAAAACUUGCGACUGAUUGCCUUAAGGUUCUUCGGGUUGAGAUGCAACUGGAAACAGUCUUUCAUCUUCAGGAAAUGACAAAUCGGGAAUACUUGGAGGAUGAGGAUGCUGAAGAGCCAGACGACUUUGUGAUUUCUCUUACUUCACAGAUAACACGUAGGGACGAGGGAAUGGCGCCUUUCAUCUCUGGUGAGAAGCGCAAUUAUGUGUUCGGUGGUAUUUGUGGAAUUGCAGCAAAUGCGUCCAUUAAGGCUUUGGCUGACAUGAGAUCAAUCAACCUUUUUGGAGUUCAACAAAUUUGUCGGAACACUAUUGCAUUGGAACAGGCCAUGGCAGCUAUUCCAUAUAUCGAUGGUGAAACCGUACAACAGAACCUAGAUCGUGUCCGUACUUAUUUUGAACUACUAAACAUGCCAUUCGAGGCGUUGCUUGCAUUCAUAGCGGAACAUGACCAAAUGUUUACACCCACAGAGUAUUCGAAUCUUCUAAAGGUCAAUGUUCCUGGAAGAGAGACUCCUCCAGAUGCUCAAUCCCGCCUUUCGGAGAUUCUUUCUGCCUAA